UACAGAUCUUUGGGGACACAAACGGGGGGUGGCACUCAGGAGGGGCUGAGUGCGGCCACCCCCUCCCCUGGAGCGUCCCCGUCCCACCCUCUGUCCCCUCCCGGGCAGCCCCAGCCGGGAUUUUUGUCACCAGGGUCGCUCCUGUCGGGCUGUGUUUGUCACAGCCUCAAGGUGACACCGGGGAACAGCCCCAGACCUGCUCCCCGUGAUUCACCCCGGGAUGAGCCCGAGCGCCCCGGGCAGCCCAGGAGCCACCAGGGAUCUUUGUCACCAGGGCCGCUGCUGUCGGGCUGUGUUUGUCACAGCCUCAAGGUGACACCGGGGAGCGGCUCGCGGGUCCCCCCCGGAACUGCUCCCGGUGAUUCCCCCCGGGAUGAGCCCCAGCGCCCCGGGCCACCACCCCCGGAGGAGCUGCCGCGUUCCAGGCGGGCUCGUUGGCUUCCUGCUGGGAAAACUGGGAAAACAACUGGGAAAACUGCUGGGAAAACUGGGAAAACAACUGGGAAAACUGGGAAAACAACUGGGAAAACAACUGGGAAAACAACUGGGAAAACUGGGAAAACUAGGAAAACUGGGAAAACAACUGGAAAACUGGGAAAACAGGGAAAACAACUGGGAAAACAACUGGGAAAACUGGGAAAGCCUUCCCGAGCUGUUCAUAACCAACGAGCUGCUGAGCACCUGCUUUGUGACGCAAAGCAAAGCUAAAAAUAGCAGCGGUGAAGCCUUGAAGGGGACAAGGGACACUCAGAGGGACAAGGGUGGCCCUGUCCCACAAGGUGGCCCUGUCCCAGCGGGUGUCCCUCUCCCAGCGGUGUCCCCGUGCCAGCCCGUGCCAGCAGGGUGUCCCCGUGCCAGCGGUGUCCCCGUGCCAGCCCGUGCCAGCAGGGUGUCCCCGUGCCAGCCCGUGCCAGCCCGUGCCAGCAGGGCGGCCCAGCCGGCAAAGGCAGCCCUGGAGGAGCGGGCGUUGCUCUCCCUGGCGGAGCCGCCGCAAUCUCCGACAUCUGAGGCACCGCGGGCUCGCCCAGCCCGGGUGAAAGGUGGCCCCGGGGCAAAUCCUGAUGCGGCUCAUCCUGUCCGGGGACACCCAGGCGAUGACAGCGACAUCCAGGCCAUGAGGGUGGCAUCAAGCUCCCGACACCGCCGCCUUCCCGCGUUGUUUGUCCCCUUUGUCACUUCACCCCGGUUGUUUGUGCUCCGUGAUGUCACCCCGGCCCUGCAGGUGCUGGGGGACCCCUUGGCUCCCUCGCCCCCCAAACCCCAGCUCCUGCGGGGUGUCCUUGGCUUGGUUUUCCCUCUUGGUUUCCCAUUCUCUGUAAAUCCUUUAAACAGGAGGAUUUCGGCAGGGGGGGUCUCGAGGUUCUCCUGAAACCCCUGAGAAGAGCUGGGAGAACUUCCAGGGCAGGGACAUCCCAGGGAUGGGGUGCUCGGUGCUGCCCAGACCCUCCCAGUCCGACCAGUCCAGCUCCAGCCCCGUUCCCAGAGCAGCACUGGGAUGAACCCCCCCGGUUCCCUCAUUCCCCUCCUUUUCCAGCCGCGAUCCCGGCGGGAUUGGGCAGGGCAGGAGCUGCCCACGCUCCCCCCGUCACCGCCGAGCCCGUCCCGGUGCCGGCCCCGCGCUCCCGGGGGUGUCACGGCGGCCCGAGCGUGUCCCAGCAGGGCCCCGACCCUGACUCAGCCCUCGGAGGGGCGGGCUCAGCAUCAUCCCAAAUCCUCAAAUCCCCGGUCCCAAAUCCCCAACGCCACGGGGCACCCGAGCGGGCUCAGGGCAGGGGAACGGCUCCUCCUCCUCACUCAAACACGACCCUAAAUCCUUACAUCGACCCUAAACCAACCCUAAACCCACCCUAAAUCCCGGCAGGGCCCUCAGCUGUCCCUGGUGGGGGUAGGGGGGGCUGCUGGAGCUCUUGGGAGCAUUUUGGGGCUGUGGGAAGAGCUGGAAAUGCCACAGGGGUGGUGGCCCAGGACAGAAGGACAGAAGGACACGGCCCAGGCACACUCAGCCACCCCGGGGGUUUUUGGCUGGACCAGCCAGAGGAGAUUUUUUGGCUGAUCCUGCCCCAAGAUUUUCUCUGGCUGCACAGAGCACAGAAAUAUUUCUCUUUCUCGGGGACCAGACCCCUCCUUGCUCUCCCAAACGGAGUUGUGGCCCAGGGAAGGGGGACAUUCCCUGCCCAGCUCCAUCCUCCGGGCUCUGGGGAGGUGCCGGAGCUCUCCCAGUGCUCCCAGUUUGGUUUCGGGCACGGGGAUGAGUCAGCUCAGCCAGAGCCGCGUCCUCGAGCCCCUGGCCUGACUCAGGACCUCGUUCCUCCAGGAAAACACGGCUCCAAACCCAGCCCAGGCUCCAGAAGGGACCAUCUGAAGGACAAACGAGCCUGGAACAGAGCUGUGGACAGCCUGAGCUUCCCAAACCCUCAGCUCCUGGCUGCAAACCCACACGUGAGCCCUGUCUGUGGGAUAAUCAGGGAAAAUCUCCCACUGCCCACACCAGGAGAAGUGGGGAGGUUUCAGGUCCACCAGACAGGUCCAGCAGGCAGCCAGGACUGACCACGAGGCAGCCGAGCUUCCCAGCCACCUUCACCACGGCUUUUCCUUCUGGAACAGCUCAGGACUCACACGGGAAAUUUGGGGACUCACUCAGGAGUUUGGGAACUCAGGACUCAGAAAAUUUGGGAGCUCAGGACUCACUCAGGAGUUUCGGAACUCACUCAGGAGUUUGGGAACUCACUCAGGAGUUUGGGAGCUCAGGGCUCACACAGGAAAUUUGUGAGCUCAGGACUCAGGAGUUUGGGGACUCACUCAGGAGUUUGGGAACUCAGGACUCAGAACAUUUGGGAGCUCAGGACUCACACAGGAAAUUUGUGAGCUCAGGACUCACUCGGGAGU